UUUUAUAUGACUGGGGGAGCAGGAGUGAAGUUGGAUCACUUUAGCGCCACAGAUUAUUUUGGCUCUGUAUUCACUCAAUCUGUACUUUUUUAAUGGUUGGAACGUGAAAAUUCGAACUCAAAUCCAAUGGUUGUUUCCUUGAAUUCAUUCGUCAGCUUCACUUCCACGGCUAACCAUAAAAAUGUCCCAAGAGUGUGCAUAGGAGCUUCAAUGCUAAAGUCCAGCCAUUUCUCAUCCCCUUCUAGAACGCUUCUUAUUAGUAGACCAAUACGUUCAAGAAAUGGAAGGUCUCUUUUAGUUGCAAACGGUGAUCGCCUAGCAACAGAAAUCAGUACCAAGACUUCAGAAAGUACCGAAACCGAGCCUGUCAAAAAAAACCCUGAAGCUUCUAAUGGAUCCAUUUCUGCCUCUGAACCGAUACAAGAAACAGAUAACGCCGAGAUAAAUGCCAUCCCAAAAAGAUCGAAGUUAACAGCAAGAGAGAAGUUAAGGGCAGCAAGAGUUCGCAGUCGUAACUCAGAACCAAAGCCAGUCGUGAAAGCAGAGCUUGGAAGCAAAGUAUUGGAAGCCCUGAGGGAAAACGAUAAAAUCACAGGGAAAAAAAGAACAGGUCUUCCUGAAGCGCCGACGAACUUGUUCGAUGACAGUAAACGUGGAAUGCCGAAAAAGGGGUUGACCUUUGAGCUGCCAGUUGGGUGGGAUGUGUUUCUGAUCAUCCUUUCAGUGGUUGUGAUCAGCACGGUGAUGUUUACAACAACUUUUGUGGUGUGGAAAAUGGGUGCCAUUCACUUUAACGAGUACUAGAAAAUAGAUGUUGUUGGGUACUUCUCUUGUUUAAAGCAAAUCAUAUACUUGAAUGUACAACUUUAGCUUCGUCAAUCUUUUUGUUUAUACAUUCCACUCCUAUAAGCUGCUUCUAUUUGAAGAACGUUCCACUUGAAACCU